UCGAAGCUAACAACAUGCGUAUUAAUAUGAGUUUUGUUUUAUUCUGCACAAUUUUGUUGCUCGUGAAAUAUAGCUUGGCAGAUCCUAUGAGAUGCAUUAAAGCGAACGAAAUGUUGGACUGCAUGUCUCCUUGUGCGGAGAAAACUUGUCUAACUCGAAACUCCGAAUGUACGAAAGAUAGCCUUGAAUUUUGCAGAGUUAAAUGCGUUUGUAAAAACGGAUUUUAUAGAGAUAAUAAUAACAGUUGUAUCUCAUCCGAAGACUGUGAUCACCAAGCACGCAGCAGUUAAUAAUAUACUUAUUGAAUUUCCUAAAUGGACUGACAUCUCAAGACUACUGUUUAAAAAAAAUCCAAUUAUUUCUGAUAAAACUGCUGUGAAUAAAAUUGGUAUCUCUGGAUUCUCUGGUAAUGAGCGUGAUACCGACACGUAUAUA